AUGGCGGCGAGGGUCCGCGGGUGGCUUGAAUCCAUCCCUGUACCCGCAGGUUAUAUAUAUUCGAGCAUUGCUGCCCUCCCUGACAAGCAGCAGCUCCAAAGAAACAAGUGUACAGGACCAGAAACCAUAGUCAAAAUGAAGUUGUGCAGCCCGACAUUGGUUACCCUCUAUGCUCUAGGCAUCGGAGCAACGUCUGCUCAGGCAGCCCCAGAUUCUAAUAGCACAUGGCCUGUACAAUCGUUCAAUAGUACCGACAUUCGUGCCUCUAUUGUUGAAUCCUCCAAGACUGGCGAGACUGAGCUAGGAUACAUAUUUCUUACUCCCUGGAACGGCCAUCGUAGUGGUCAUCCCUCGAUUUACCAAGAUGAUGGCCAGCUCGUCUGGCAAGGCCCAGAGGGAACCAUCUACGGUUUUCGCCCACAGAAGCUGCAUGGGAACCCUAUGCUUGUUUACUGGGAGGGCCAAUUCACGGGUACGGGGUAUGGUCACGGUGCCAUCAAUCUCCGCAACAGCUCCUACGACUUAGUACACAAGAUCACCCUGUCCGGCGAAUAUUUUAACACAGGUCUCGAUCAGGAGGUUGAAUCCCAUAUCGAUUACCACGAGGGAAUCGUUGAAAAUGACAAGGGAUCCAUUCUCGUGGCUGCGGUUAAUAUCACCCAAGCUGAUCUUCAAUCCGUGGGAGGCCCAAAGGAUGGCUGGGUCGUUGAUGGUUUGAUCUAUGACAUUGAUAUUGCAACAAACAAGGUCCUCUUUCGCUGGAGUGCCGUGGAGCAUAUUGACCAAAUUCCAUUCAAACUGUCCCAACGCCCGCUUGCCGGUACGGGGACAUCUGAGAAAAACCCAUGGGAUUUCUUCCGCACUUCAUCCACCGUCAGGUAUGGGGAUGAUUACCUUAUCUCAUGGGACUAUGGAUGCAGUAUACUACAUGUUGCUCGCAACGGAACAGUUUCCUGGAACCUUAAUGGUAUAAAUGGUGGUGACUUCAAAUUGGGACUGAAUUCGAACUUUUGCUUCCAAUACGGCUUCCGCCUCAAUGAACAAUCAGAGGAAAAACUCAGUGUCUCCAUGCACAACAACGAUAACUCAGAAUUCAGCAAUGGAAGAAACCCAUCAACCGGACUUGUCUUAGACAUUGACCUCCAGAAGAAGGAAGUCAUCGGAAAGCGAAGGCUGUGGAAUAGAGAGAAUCCCGUCGUCUCUAGAGAUCUAGGAAGUUUCCAGUCGCUGCCAAAUGGACAUGCAUUGGUGCAUCAUGGACAAAUCCCACUCAUUGAAGAAUAUAACCAGGAUGAUAAACUUGUUAUGCAAAUCCGCUACGGACAUGAUUUAGUGGAUGCGUCCUAUCGAGUGCAUCGGGUUGCUUGGACUGGAAUGCCGAGCGCGAAACCAAGUGUCAAGGCAUGCCGCAAGACGGAUAAGGAUAUAGUUGUGUUUGUGAGCUGGAAUGGAGCCACAGAUGUGAAGUCAUGGAAAUUGUCUGAAUAUUCGGACGACAGAAAAGUAAAUGAAAUAAAAAAUGAGCCUUGGGGUGGGUUUGAGACGAUGAUACAGGCGCAAACCACCAGCAAAAAGGUUCUAGUUUCUGCAGUUGGAGGGCCUGGCAAUGGAGUGCAAUCUGAUCCUAUCGCAAUUGGUGAGUGUUAA